UGUUGGAAAAAUAUCUGAUGGACUACCAAUUGUGUUAGACAUAUUAUCACUGUCAUAACAAAAAACCUAUCUCUGACAUGGCAACUUUACAGGAGAAGAAAGAAACGUUCUUGACUUACAAUUUAUGUUAUUGGAAAGAGAUUAUAUUUAAGAUUAUACUAUAUUUAAGUAAUUUUGGACCGUAAAAGACAAGCUCAGGACCCUUACCCCCAAGCCUCAGAGAGUUUGUGACGUUCUCUAUCUGAUGGCUUCCUUCCCUUACCCUGUUGGGGUAUGUAGUAAGUCAUCCUGGCUGCUCUCACUGCUUUCCCUGCACUACAAGUCAUACUGCCCAAAAUGGAAGACAUUGCAUCAUAUCCCUUACAGCAGUCCUCAGCAGUUUGUGGGGAUGUGUGGGUGCAUGGGAUGGAGGGGGAGGGUCUCUUAAAAAGCUUACACUUCUCUUCAGCCUCCCUCAGUUUCCUUCCUGGAUUACAGCUGCAGCUGCUUGCCCGAGUGUGGGAGUUAUUGGCUUUUCCCUCAGUUCUCCUCUCCCUGCUUUUGGAAAGAUGUGUUCUUUGGGGUUUGCCCGGUCUCUGGGCUUCGCCCUCAUCCCACUGGCCACCUGCUGCAUAGUGGCCAAUGUGCUGCUCUUUUUCCCAGAUGGACAGAUGGAUUUUGUGAAGGAUAACCAUUUGACCAAGUAUGUGUGGUUCUUCAUGGGAAUCGGAGGUGGAGGUAUAGCUAUGUUCAUACCUGCCAUUACUUUUUUGUGCAUGGGGAAGUGCGCCAACUCCUGUGGAACUGAGAGCUGUGCGAUGUGUGGCUCUGUGCUGGCUGCUCUCAUUGGACUGGUUGGCUCUGGAUACUGCUUCUUCAUCUCAGCUGUCGCCUUGCUAAAUGGGCCAUUUUGCUUCACCUCGUUGGGAUGGAGAUCUCCCUUUGAGAGUGAUGGGCCAAAAUACCUGUUUGCGAGAGAAAGCUGGUCUGAGUGCAUACAGCCUGUUCACAUUGUGGAGUGGAACGUGACAUUGCUCUCCAUCUUGCUAGGCCUCAGCACCCUGGAGUUCCUCAUCUGUGUCGUCCAAAUCGUCAGUGGACUAGUCAAUGCUGUGUGCAGGCCCUGCUGCUAUAAGCAGGAAUAUAGCCUGAACGCUUGAAGAUACAAGGUGUAUCCAUGCAGUACUCCCCAACAAACACCAAAAUUCUAAUGUUGGACUACUGACUUUCAGAACAUUUAGAAACAGAACAGACACACUACACUGUGACAAUCUAGAACCCUCCAGUAAUCACAGGCAACGUUUGAAUUUGGCAGUGUUUAUUGGGGACUUUCUAGUUCAGUGUAGUAUGGGCUUGAGGAACUGUGUAAGCCCAGCUGGAAGAAGUCUGCUUCUAUUCAUCAGUCUAAUAUCAUUUUCAAACAAUCAAGUCCAGUAUCAGAUUCCCACUCUCUUUCAGUCAGACCAAAGGCUGAUGACGCCAUUACAUAAGACAAGAGUUUGUAAAAUUACAUACUAUUGAUUGAGUCCUCCUCAUUGAGACACUGUAACCAUAGGGUGGGGUAAAUCACAAGAAUUCAAUUUUUGUCCAGAAAGAAACUGUUUCAAAUGUGUUUUGCCAGUUUUUGUUGUACACUAUCCAGACUGUAACAUGUAUUUUGUUAAAGACAAAUGUAUUUUUUAUGAAGUAUGUUUGUUUUGUAUAAGUGUCUUCAUUUUGAGAAAAUGGCAUUGUAACUUAUUUUUUAAUCUUUAAGUGAAAUAGACAAAGACAGUCACGUCAGAAUGUUAUUUUCUAUAUUUAGGAAAAUUUGUAUUAUUUUUAUAAUGUUUGUGCUGGCUUAAAAUGAAUAAAUGUGUUACAAUUUAGAUAUUAA